AUGGUCGGUAAACUUUUAUGCGUGUUUGUUAGCCUCCUUCAUGUGUGCUACGGUAUUGAACGCAGCAGGGGUGCACUCGGGCCUAGAGUUUUCACUUUUGUUCAUGGUGACGACAGUGCAAGGUUGGAUUUCAUGACUGCAGAUUCGUAUUGCCGAACACGUGUUGGAACCGAACAGCCUCCCUCAAAACCUGUGGGUAUAAUCGAACACGAAGAUGGAGUUUUCGCGAAACAACGGCACAGAUCCUUUAGUAAUGAAACAAAUAGCGAUGACCUAAUGCUUGAGACCAGACUAGCGUCAUUGCACUCCUACCCGGAAACGCUUGCUCUUGUUAAAUGGAUUUCGAAACAGGAGAAACAUUCUUUCUGGAUCGGUGGAACAGUCACCAAAACUCUGAACGAGUACCUUCGCCCCAUAUACGUUCUGCAAUGGACGGAUGGGAGUCGAGGUGACUUCAGCUUUUUAAAACUGCCUAGCGAGGAACUGUCGGAAAUAAGAGUUGGUGAACAAAGAUGUAUCUCUGUGGACUAUCUGUCAGGGCAGUGGGGCCUGCAUCCAUGUGAAGAAAAACGAUACUUCGUCUGUCUCACCGUUCCAGUACUCAGGAAUAAAGUGCGACACACCCUUCCCACAACUAUUCCAAGUCCUGCAAAACAGCCAUCGUGGGUCGCUCCACCUCCCGUCCUUCGAAGCCCAUCCCCUCGAAAUCAACUAACAGCUGAGGAGCUACGCCGGCUUUUGUCA